AAUUCUUAUGUGUAUGAUUUUUUUUGUCUGCCCUCAUGUCUAUGCACCACUGUGUGCAAUGCCUGAAGAGCCAGUAGAAGGUGAUGGAUCCCCUGGAACGGGAGUUACACAUGGUUCUGAGCCUCCUUGUGGAUGCUGAGAGCCCAGCCUGAAUCCUCCGCAAGAGCAGCAAAUUCUUGAGCCGUGAGCUCUGGCAAUAUGCAUUCUGUCCCCCCCCCUCCCCGAGCAAUCACUCCAGGGCUAUAUCUAAUUUAAUAGCAACCUGCUGGGACAAGUGUGGAGAAGGAGAUUCCCGCUGACACGUUAAAAGGGACUUCUAAAGGUCAGAGAGUUGGACAGUCACAACGCUGGGACACUGGAGUGCUUGGAUUCCAGCCCUGUGCUCUUCCCAGGGCCGAGACAAAAAUCAAACUGCCAGGGUCCCUAGGCGAGGACUCACCUGCCCUGUGGGCAAAGCCAGGCCCUUCCGCUCACCCCCCCCCUUUUACACCCCACCUACUUUGUAUGUUCCACGCCCACUUCCUGCCCUACCUACAGCAAUGCACACCUAGAACAACUGUCUAAUUCUGCUUGAGCAGUGGUGUAUGGUCAGCCCUGGCUGAGUGUGCUGUAUAUAAAACACUUCCCAUAUAUAUACUAUAUAUAUACUAUUAAUAUUUAUUUCAUCUUUCUUUCCAUUUUUUACACUUACACGUAUUUCCUCAGCCUUUAUUAUGGGAAACAUCCAACCUUAUUGGUUCUGUGAAGGAAGGAAUAUUAGCUCGUAUACCUUUGUGCUUUCUGGCUGCACCCUCUACUUGUAACUAUUAGUCCACCUGCUCCCUUUGCAUAAAUACAACAUAUAUCUCUUCCCCCAUGCAGCCACACUGGCAUUAAGAAAUCUGACAUGGGCCACCAUGAUGCCUCAUCAGGUAAUUCACCUGCAGCUAAGCUGAGGGCCUGAGCCCAGGACCCGCAUGGCUGGAGAACCGACUCCACGAAACCGCUCUGUAACUUCCACGUCCGUGCCCAGAUACCAGCACCGCUGCCCACCCCACCCCCACACACAAAUAACAACCAGAUAAUUUAAAGAAAAAAAUUAGCGAUCUAUUAGUGAGCUCGCCGUCAAUAUUCAAAACACCCAGUUGUCCCAGUAACGUCCCUUUAUAAUUCUGUCUUGUGGCUCCAGCUCAUAACGGCAACUAGAACAUUUUAGGUUGCACAUAUGCGAUAUGCGUCUUUCACUAAAUUUUGUUUUUCUUUUUCUCAUGGCACAUUUCAUGUAGCUCAGGCUGGCCUCUGAACUCUGAACUCUGUAAGCGGGGCUGGUCUUGAACACUCGAUUCUACUAUCUGUCUCUAUUCCAAGUGCUGAGAUCACAGGCAUGUACUGCCAAGCCUGGUUAUAUUUUGUGUUUCUGGUAGACUGCAUUGCUUGGACGACUCGUAGCUUUGACUUGCAGAUAGACCACAGUUACUUGAGCUCUAUUUGCUCGCCUUGGAUGAGGUGAGGUAAACCUGGCGGAGCUUGCAAAACAGAGUUACGGGACAGCAGGGUGUGGACAGAGCAGAGGUGAGGUAAAUAAACCAUUUAGAGUGCUUCUAUCACUGGGAGAUGUGUAGUCAUGGUUUUAAAAAAAAGUGCUGGCUGUGACUCUGUUUUUCCUCGCCCACGCUGUUUUUAUUUCCAGCCCCCUUUAAAAGCCUGUCAUAGGCCUAUGGCGGCUUCGCCACAGUUGCUUGUGCUGUGCACACCCCAACUCAGGAGCCUUAUCUGAGUCCCCACACUCCCCUGUCCACCGACUGUCAGGCCUCGAGCUGGCUGAUACCGCAAUCUCCCUGGAGACAGGUGGUUUUGCGUUGCAGAGCUGUCCUCUGUGAGUCAGCCUCCUCCCUGCCCCCAAAGAAAGAUCUCUUUUAACGGUGGACUUCUGAGAGACCAAACACUCUCAUCUUUCUGUGAGCAGCUCCAGGCAGGCAGAAAGGAACAGUGAGCCCCGGGGCCAUGGGAACUGGUCCAGGGAGUAACUUCAGCGCCUCUGGAUGAGGCUGUGAGCUCCUAGGCCUUCCUCUUCUGCUACUUCUUCAUCUCUGCUGUUGGCAGGAGUGUGUCUGCUCCUGGGAGAGCGGGCCAAGGGGCCUCUGGUGCCAGAGAUGCAAUUGGACCUCUCGUUUCAAGAGUGCGUGAACCAUGUCUGUGUCCAGGCAUGGUGUGCCUAUGGAGUGUUUUCUUCCCACCAAGCAGAGAUGGUGACUUCCGGAAAGCAGCAGAAGACCCAGCGUGAUUGACAUGGCCUCUGCUCCUUCUGUGACAAGCCUGGCAGAUGAGGUCAACUGCCCCAUCUGCCAGGGCACCCUAAGGGAGCCAGUCACCAUUGACUGUGGCCACAACUUCUGUCGUGGCUGUCUGACUCGCUACUGUGAGAUCCCAGGACCAGAAUCGGAGGAGUCCCUCAGCUGCCCGCUCUGCAAAGAGCCGUUCCGCCCAGGGAGCUUCCGGCCCAACUGGCAGCUGGCCAACGUAGUAGAGAACAUUGAACGCCUUCAGCUGGCAACCACGCAAGGUCCACAGGUGGAGGAUGCCUGUCCCCAACACGGGGAGAAGGUCUACUUCUUCUGCGAGGAGGAUGAGGCACAGUUGUGUGUGGUGUGCCGUGAGGCCGGACAGCAUAGGACUCACACUGUGCGCUUCCUGGAGGACGCUGCGGGUCCCUACAGGGUAGGAGAAGAUCCCUGCAGGGAACAAAUACAGAACUGUCUUAUAUGUCUAAGGAAAGAGAGAACGGAGAUUCAAGAAAUCCAGUCAAGGGAAAACAAAAGGAUACAGGUGCUCCUGACUCAGGUGGCCACCAAGAGGCAACAGGUGACUUCCCAGUUCGCACACCUGAGUCAGUUCCUGGAGGAACAACAAGGUGUCCUUUUAGCACAGCUGGAGAGGUUGGAUGGGGACAUCCUGAAGCAACAGGAAGAGUUUGAUUCCCUGGCCACCGGGGAGAUCUGCAGGUUCAGCACCCUGAUCGAGGAGCUGGAGGAGAAGAAAAAUCGGUCGGCGAGGGGGCUCCUGACGGAUAUCAGAAGCACUCUAAUAAGGUGUGAAACUAGAAAGUGCAGGAAACCCGAGGCUAUAUCUCCAGAGCUGGGUCAGAGGAUCCGGGACUUCCCCCAACAGGCCAUCCCUCUGCAGCAGGAGAUGAAGACAUUUCUGGAAAAACUCUGCUUUGAGUUGGACUAUGAGCCAGCCCACGUUGCUCUAGACCCCCAGACUUCCCACCCCAAGCUCCUCCUGUCUGAGGAUCACCAGAGGGCUCGGUUCUCCUACAAGUGGCAGAAUUCACCGGACACCCCGCAGCGUUUCGAUCGAGCCACCUGUGUCCUGGCUCGGCGCGGCUUUACAGGAGGGAGGCACACGUGGGCGGUGAAUGUGGACUUGGCCCACGGGGGCAGCUGCACCGUGGGUGUGGUGAGGGGGGACGUACGACGGAAAGGAGAGCUGCGGCUGAGGCCAGAGGAAGGCGUCUGGGCCGUGAGACUGGCCUGGGGCUUCGUCUCAGCUCUGGGUCCCUUCCCCACGAGGCUGGCCCUAGAGCAGCAACCCCGGAAGGUGCAGGUGUCUCUUGACUAUGAGGUGGGCUGGGUGACCUUUGUCAAUGCCGUCACCCAGGAGCAUAUCUAUACCUUCACGGCCUCCUUCACUCGGGAGGUCUUCCCCUUGUUUGGACUCUGGGGCAGGGGGUCUAGCUUUUCCCUCAACUGUCAAGGAGGGGAAGUUCCCCUCCUCUGAGUGUUAGGCUAGAAUCAAGCACCCUGGGGGGCUGACCCUUGGCUGGGUCAACAGGCACACACACACACACACACACACACACACACACACACAAUUACUUUUUAGACAAUUGGGAUAGCAUGUGUCAAUAAGAGACAAGGCCGUAGGCCUUUCUCCAGUGCUCAUCCGAUGGUCAGGGUAUCCGGGACCUUGGCUGCAGCUGGCUGUUCCCGCCAUUAUCGCCAAUGGGCACAGACAUAUGUAUACAAACAGUGCUGGAUUGUAAGCCUUAAGACCUGAGUUCCUGCCGGGCGUUGGUGGCGCACGCCUUUAAUCCCAGCUCUCGGGAGGCAGAGGCAGGCGGAUCUCUGUGAGUUCGAGAACAGCCUGGACUACCAAGCGAGUUCCAGGACAGCCUCCAAAG